AUGGGGCGGCGCGCGUGGCAGAUGGCCGCGGCGGCAAUCCUGGCCGUGCUCGGCGCGGCGGCGCGGCCGGCCGGGGCGGCGCCGCAGGUGCCGUGCUACUUCAUCUUCGGGGACUCGCUGGUGGACAACGGCAACAACAACUUCAUCGUGUCGAUGGCGCGGGCCAACUACCCGCCCUACGGGAUCGACUUCGCCGGCGGGCCCUCCGGCCGCUUCAGCAACGGGCUCACCACCGUCGACGUCCUCGCCAAGCUUCUGGGCUUCGACGAUUACAUCCCCCCGUUCGCCGGUGCAAGCAGCCAGCAGCUCCUCACCGGCGUCAACUUCGCCUCCGCCGCCGCCGGCAUCCGGGAGGAGACCGGCCAGCAGCUGGGCGGUCGGAUCAGCUUCAGCGGGCAGGUGCAGAACUACCAGUCGGCGGUGCAGGAGCUGGUGAGCAUCCUGGGCGACGAGGACUCGGCGGCGACGCACCUGAGCCGGUGCAUCUUCACGGUGGGCAUGGGCAGCAACGACUACCUGAACAACUACUUCAUGCCGGCCUUCUACAGCACGGGCAGCCGCUACACCCCGGAGCAGUACGCCGACACGCUGGCCGCCGACUACGCGCGGCUUCUGCAGGCCAUGUACAGCUACGGCGCCCGGAAGGUGGCGCUGAUCGGCGUGGGGCAGGUCGGGUGCAGCCCCAACGAGCUGGCGCAGCGGAGCCCCAGCGGCGUCGCCUGCGUCGAGGAGAUCAACGCCGCCGUCCGGAUCUUCAACCGGCGGCUCGUCGGCCUCGUCGACCGCUUCAACGCGCUCCCCGGCGCGCACUUCACCUACGUCAACGUGUACGGCAUCUUCGAGGACAUCCUCCGCACCCCCGGCGCGCACGGGCUCCGGGUCACCAACGCCGGGUGCUGCGGGGUGGGCAGGAACAACGGGCAGGUGACGUGCCUCCCGUUCCAGAUGCCCUGCGCCAACCGCCACGAGUACCUCUUCUGGGACGCCUUCCACCCGACGGAGGCGGCCAACGUCCUCGUCGGCCAGAGGACCUACAGCGCCAGGCUCGCCUCCGACGUCCACCCCGUCGACAUCCGGACACUCGCAAGGCUCUAGAGCUGCGGGGCGGCCGCGUCAGCAGAGCGUAUCAUAGGCUUCGGUUUCUUGGACCUGUGAAUUGUGUGUGACAGAUAUACCAUCGUGUGGGCGUGACCCAAAAGGGUUCUUCUUGGGUGCACAACAUAUAGGCGAUACUGAGUCUGAACUGCAAUUUUAUGGCAUCAUUUUCAAAGUGUGUAACUAAGCAGCAGCUUGGCAUCUUGCCAUUUUGGAAACCAUGUACGGUUUGGAGUAAGCAUCAGUUGUACUUGGCUACUUGCAUCAUUGGGAACGAACGUUCACAAGCCCGCGGGCAGCAUUCACUUGGGGAAAUUUCGAGACCGGCUCGUGACGCGCGAAAACGACAGCGCGACAGCUCGACAUGUGCCCGGGACACGGCUGUACUGUACCGGCAAGAAGCUCGUGCGAUCGUGCGAGGCGCGUCCACGGGCGGCAUGGCCGCCGCCUUGGCGGGUUGGGGUUGGGCCGUCGCCUCGACGGACAGGCCCCUGCAGAUCCGC